AUGAGAUCUAAGAGAGCGCCACCACCACCACGCAAAAAAGAGCCCGUUUCCGAGUUUGAGUGUGUAAAAUGUCCAGUGACAAGUGCCCCCCGGGCUGCACGAGAGAGUGAGAAAGCACUGGGACCUUGUGGUCAUAUAUUUUUCAUCAAUCGCUCUGUUCGACCAGAAGCUAUGAGGAAGACAAGUGAACUGGUGAACGGACACCGGACACAAAUGCAAAUUUUUGUGGCCACGAUCAUCUGUCACAAUAGAAACCGAGAUAGUGUUGAAGAAGAAGAGACGCAGAUGGGCGCGGCUGCUCUCACAGAAACAGUGGCAAUUUUGGUGAUGACUUCGAAGUAUUUCGAAAAACCAAACAAAGUGCAACAUGAUCAACAAGGAUUGGAAGUUACGGAAUGA